UGACCAACACCAGAGGGUAUCGAGACCAAGAUAAGACCAAGACUUUGAGAGGUUGAGACCAACUCAAGACCAAGGAAGGAUUACCAAAGCCAUGGGGAAAAUAAAAGGACUGCUGCAUCUCUUUAUUUUACCAGCAAUUUUCCUCAUGAGCAGUGCACAAAAAACAGUAUGCACACAGGAAGCAUUAGCUGAUAUUGUCUUCCUGGUGGAUGGUUCUUCGAGUAUUGGCACAGAAAAUUUCCAAAAGAUCCGUGACUUCCUCCUCACUUUGGUGAACAGUUUCGAUGUGAUUCCUCACAAGGUUCAAAUCGGCCUAGUGCAGUACAGUGAUUCUCCCCACUCUGAAUUCUACCUUAACAGCUUCAAAACCAAGCAGAAGAUUCUUGACUACAUCACAAAUCUCCCAUAUCGAGAAGGUGGCACCAAGACUGGAUUAGGGUUAAGCUUACUGCUGAAGCAGCACUUUGUAGAAAAAGCAGGAAGUCGUAUUAAAGACGGGGUGCCUCAAAUUGCUGUGGUUAUCACAUAUGGACCGUCACAGGAUGAUGUGGAGCCACAUGCACAGGACCUGAAGCACCAGGGAAUCAUACUUUAUGCCAUUGGUAUUAAAGAUGCCAAUAUGGAGCAGCUGAAGAAAAUUGCCACUAAACCACAUAACCAGCACAUCUACAGUGUGUCUGAUAUCACAGCUUUGCAAGGAAUGUCCCAGAGUUUCAUCCAAGUGCUUUGUAGAACUUUGGAGGAAGACAAAAUUCCAGUGUCUCAGGUACCAGAAGGGUGCAAGGCUCAUUUGAUUGACAUUGUAUUCCUUUUGGAUAGCUCUAGUCGCAUUGGUGAUGACAACUUCCUGAGGGUGAAGCAGUUUCUGCAAACAUUCAUCAUGGAUCUUGAUGUUAAACCUGAUAAAGUCAGAGUAGGAGUUGCACAGUUUAGUAAUGAACCUCAACAGGAGUUCCUGUUGGGAGAGUAUGAAGACAAGAAUGAGCUGCUAGAGAAAGUAGACAAACUUGCAUACCUAACAGGACACACUGAAACAGGAAAAGCUCUCCGCUUUAUCCGAAAUAAUUACUUCACAGAAUCAGGUGGCAGUCGGAUCAGUCAGAAUGUGCCUCAGAUUGCUGUGGUGAUCACAGAUGGUGUCUCAGCUGAUGACAUAGAGAUUCCAGCCAUGGACCUUCGGAGAAAGGGGGUGUUAAUCUUCACUGUUGGGGUUGGUGAAGUCAGCAUUAUGGACCUGCAGUCCAUUGCUAACAAGCCACAUCAGCAUUUUGUACUAAGUUUCACUAACUAUGAGGAGCUGCUGAAAGCAACCACCAGCACAGUAAACAAAGUGUGUAUUUCUAUGGAGGCUCAGCAGCAAGCUCUAGCUCCAAAGUUUGCAGAUGUGUUUGUGUUGGUCGACAGCUCAGUUGAACAGACCCAAAAGGUGACACAGUUACUUAAGCGCCUAGCCAAUCAACUGAAAGUGGCGAGCACAUCUAAUCGGAUGGCUUUGGCUCAGUUUGGUGAAACCACUUCAGUGGAAUUCCGCUUUGAUGCUUACAAAACUGAAAAUGAAGCACUUGCACUCAUCCGCAAAUUCCAACUCAGAGGCACUGGGCAACGCAAGCUUGGAAAAGCAAUGGAUUAUGUGCGCACUCACCUCCUCACCAGUGCAGCAGGCAGCCGAAUUGCUCAGGGCUACAAGCAAUACCUGAUGGUGAUAAGCAAUGGCGAAUCAGAUGACAAUAUACUUAGAGCAGUUCGUGCAUUAAAGGAUGAGGGAGUGAUCCUUGUCAAUGUUGAUCUAAGUGAAGAGCUAAUUUCACAUGCUCUACCUGAUCCAUCUCAUGGAUCUCUUCCACCUGAUGUAUCUCUCGUGCUUGAAGCUCCUCAGAGGUUACCUACAUUUGUCUAUUCUGCAACUGGAGAUAUUCAACAAAUAUCAGACAAUGUGAUGACUAUCAUGGAUACUAAGGAUGAGUUUACUGCACCUCCAGAUUGCAAGUCAUUGGCUGAUAUUGUGUUUAUUGUGGACGUGUCAGAAAGUACCACAAGUCCAGAAUUGGUCCGUGGUUUCCUCUACCGCAUGAUUAAUCGCUUGCCAAUAGAGUCUGACAGUGUGCGUGUGGGAAUUGUUUUGUACAGUGAAACACCCACAGCUGAUUUUUACCUAAACACAUUUAAUAGCAAGUCUGAGAUUUUGCCUUACAUUAAACGAUUAUUAUUUGGGGAUGGAGAGUCUAAAACUAGCAGGGCUCUGAAGUUUGCAAGAGAGAAGGUGUUUGUCAAAAAGAUGGGCAGCCGACAUGCCAUAGGGGUGCAGCAGAUUGCUGUGGUAAUAACAGAGGUGAAGUCCCUGGAUGAUGUCACAAUUGCAGAAGCUAAUAAGUUAAUAGACUCUGGAGUCAAGGUCUAUGCUGUUGGAGUCUCAAAUGAUAAUGAGGAACAGCUGAAACAGAUCGCAUCUUAUCCUCCAACAAAAUUUGUGUUCAGUCUUCAGAGUUUUUCUAAUCUUGAUAAAAUGGAAAAAAUAUUGAGGGAGACUAUUUGUCACAAUAUUGUCCAUUCAGCUGUUUUGAAGUCCAGGAAAUAUGAUUUAAAGCAAGGAUGUGUACAGACAGAAAAAGCAGACAUCUAUUUCCUCAUUGAUGAUUCCACUAGUAUUAAGGACAACUUUCAGGAAGUAAAAGAGUUCAUUCUAGGCUUUCUGUUGAUGUUUACUAUUGGACCACAACAGGUUCGUGUGGGUGUGGUGAAAUUUGCAGAUGAACCCUCACUAGAAUUUAGCUUGAAUACAUAUAAUAAUAGAAGCUCACUUAAAAGAGCUGUGAACAACAUUACAUUUGUUGGUGGAGACACAUUUACAGGAAAAGCCCUGUAUAACAUGACAAAAUACUUUGAGGAGGCCGAAAAGACUCGAGGCACUAAGGUUCGCAAUAUUCUCAUGGUCAUAACUGAUGGACAAUCUUGGGAUACAGUGGACAAACCAGCAGCACAAUUAACAGCACAAGGGGUGUCCACCUUUGCUAUUGGAGUGAAAGAUGCAAACAAGACAGAGCUUGAAAAGAUAGCAGGUGACUCAAAGAGGAUGUUCUUUGUCACCAACUUUCAUGCACUGACACACCUGAAGGAUGAAAUUGUUACUUAUAUUUGCUUAGAAGAGGCUUGCAAGAACAUGUGGGCAGAUGUCAUCUUUUUAGUUGAUGGCUCAGGAAGCACUACCCCUGAGGACUUCUCAAAGAUAAAGGAAUUCAUGAAGAGUGCAGUGUCCACGUUUAUAAUUGGCAAGAAUAGUGUACAGGUUGGAGUUGUGCAGUUCAGCUCAUACUCAAAGACUGAAUUUGCUCUCAACAACUUUUCUGAUAAAAGUCAAAUGCAGCAGGCCAUUAAUGAUAUGCAGCAACAAGAGCAGCCCAUUAAGAAAAUGAAGCAACUGGGAGAAGGCACUAAGAUUGGGGCUGCACUCCAGUUUGUGUCAGAGUACUUUGAUCAACCAGAAGGGGGUCGUUCCAAUGCCCCACAGUUCCUCAUUUUGAUCACGAAUGGCAUAUCGACAGAUAAUGUUGCUCAGCCUGUACAAGCCCUCAGAAACAAGAGCAUUACUAUAUACUCCAUAGGAAUGGGUGAUUCUAACAGCAAGCAACUGAGAGACAUCAGUGGGAUUCGGGAUAUCGUUUCUCUGGACAGAGAUGAUGAGCUGUUGAAAUUCUUAAAUGAAGUCUUAUUGCUCAAGAUCUGCAAAUCUUCUGACAAUUGCCAGAAAUCACAGGUGGCAGAUGUUGUCUUCUUAGUGGAUGGUUCUACCAGCAUUGAAACUAAGAACUUUGAGAGUAUGAAGUUCUUCAUGAACUCAUUAGUAAACACCACACAGGUUGGACAAGACAAUGUCCGUAUUUGUACCAUUGUCUAUUCUACUGAAGCUAAGGUCCAUUUCCCUCUUAACCAAUACUAUAGCAAACAAGAGGUGCAGGACGCUAUCAAUGCUAUGGAUUAUCCCACUGGGGAUACAUACACAGCCAAGGCACUACGUUACUCACUGGACUACUUUGAUGAAGCCAAAGGUGGGAGAGGUGCAAAAGGUGUCCCACAGAUGAUGUUUGUCAUUACAGAUGGUGAGGCUACAGACCCAUAUUACUUAGAGGAAGCUGCAAAUAAGCUUCACAAUUAUGGAGUUAAUAUUUAUGCUAUCGGAGUUGCAAAUGCAAGUAAACAAGAACUUCAGAAAAUCACCAAAGACAAAAACAAGGUUCACCAUGUUAAGAACUUCGAAGCUUUGAAAGACCUUUGGCAGAACAUUUCUAAAGAGAUCUGCAAGAAAACAAAACCAGAGUGCAAGAAAGAGGCAGCUGAUUUGGUCAUUUUGAUUGAUGGUUCUGAAAAAACCCAAGGAUCUCUCUGGGCCAACAUGAAAAUUUUUACACUGGGCUUUGUAGACAAUCUUCGUAUCAAACGAGACCUCUUUAGAGUUGGUGUAGCCCAGUUUAGUUCAAAAUACAAAAAGGAAUUUUACUUGAAUGAACAUUUUGAUGAAGGCAAUGUGACAUUGGCCAUUAAGAAAAUGACCCCAAUGAAAUAUAAGAGAAACAUUGGAGCAGCAUUGAAUGAAAUACAAGAAUUCUUUAAAAGUGAUAAAGGGAGCCGCAUUGAAGAAGGAAUUUCACAGAACCUGCUUCUGAUCACUGUUGGGACAUCGUCUGACAAUGUCACUGAUGCAGCAAAUGUGUUAAAAGCCAUGGGUAUUCAGAUCUUUGCAAUCGGAACAAGUGUAAAAACUGAAAUUCAGCUCACUAGCAUUACUGGUUCACAUAACAGGGUUUUUGUACUGGACAGCUUUGACCAUCAGACUGUGAAUCAUACAACACAGAUGUUGAUAAAUGCCAUUUGCACGUCUCCCUCAAAUGAUAUAAAACCAGGUUGCAGUGUAGAUAAUGGUAUUGGUAUUGGUAUUGGAUUUGAUAUCUCACAUAGUAGUUCAAGCUCACGUUCACUCUUCAGUAGCCAAUAUAAGCUGCAAGCCUACCUGCCUGAGAUUAUUGAAUACAUCUCUACUGUGCACAACUUGUGCUGUCUACCCCAGCAGCCUGCUCUGCAAACCAACAUUAGUUUCCAUUUGGUUGCUAGUGAUGGCAAGAUAUUGUAUGACACUAAUUUUGAGCAUUACAGUAAAGACAUAAUGAAGAAAGUGAUGGCAUUACAGAUUACCCAAGUUGUGGCCUUCAACACCCAGCUCCUGCAUUCUUUUCAGGAUAAGUUUGUAGGAUAUAGAUCUGGUGUGAAGGUAGUGAUCAUUUUCACUGAUGGCCUGGAUGCAUCUGUUGAUGACCUCAUGGUUGCCUCAAAGAAUCUAAGAAGAAGUGGAGUCCAUACACUGAUUCUAGUAGCUCUGGAAGGAGUCAAAAGUAUCACAGACCUCCAGAAACUAGAGUUUGGACGAGGAUAUGACUAUAGGGAGCCUCUCAUGAUUGGCAUGCAAAAUGUAGCCAAUGUCCUGCAGAAACAGAUUGAUGCUGUGGCCUCACGAGAGUGCUGUAAUGUGAUGUGUAAAUGCACUGGUCAUGAAGGGGUGCAAGGACCACAAGGCCAUCCAGGGACAAAGGGCCCUCCUGGACAGGAAGGACAUCCUGGAUUUCCUGGAGAAGGAGGAGAACCUGGAACGAGGGGGCCACCAGGCCUAAAUGGAAUGCAGGGACAUCAAGGCUGUCCUGGGAACAGAGGCCUAAAGGGUAACAGAGGCUAUGGGGGCAAUAUAGGAGAACAUGGAGAAUGUGGUUUGGAUGGAGUAAAUGGAGAACAGGGAGUAGUCGGAUUAGUAGGAGCCCCAGGACCGCGAGGGGAUUCAGGCAGCCCAGGCAAGAAGGGUGUUAGGGGAAUACCAGGAGCCCCAGGACAAAAAGGACUGAGAGGAGAUCCAGGUGAGACAGGAGUUGACAACAACUUCCGUGGUCCUAAGGGUGAACCUGGAUACCCUGGCCAACAGGGUGACACAGGUCCAGAUGCCAAUCCAGGCAGGCCUGGAGAUGCUGGCAAUCCUGGUCAAAAAGGGAGAAGAGGCAUUGCAGGUCUACCAGGUGCCAGUGGACCUCCAGGACAACCAGGGCUACAAGGAACCUCUGGCACUUCAGGACCACUGGGACCAGUGGGUCCUUCUGGUGCUCCUGGACAGAAAGGGAUAGCUGGUUUUCCAGGACCUCAGGGACCACCUGGCACACAAGGAAACAUUGGAUCUAAAGGAAGUGUAGGACCCAGGGGACCAAAGGGUCAACCAGGGGCACCUGGAAAUAAAGGAGCACCUGGGCCCCAGGGCCCCAGAGGCCUUCUGGGAAAUGAUGGUCCAGAUGGAUUUGGGUUACCAGGACCUAAAGGACUGAAGGGAGAUCCUGGUUUUCCAGGACAUCCUGGAUUUCAGGGUGAACCUGGGGAUUCUGGGCAAAAUGGUGAUAAAGGCCCUAAGGGUGUAAGAGGAGGAGGGGGAAAUGCAGGCAGGCCAGGAGCACCGGGUAAUCCUGGUGAUGUUGGACCAGCUGGACACAAGGGGUCUAAAGGACCACCAGGAACCAGAGCAAUGUCUCCUUGUCAACUGAUCAGCUACGUGCGAGACAACUGUGUCUGCUGUAAAGAUAAAGCAGCUUGCCCUGUCUACCCCACUGAACUGGUGAUUGGUUUGGACAUGUCUGAUGAUGUGGAUCCUGCAUUAUUUGAGAGAAUGCGCUCAACUCUGCUUUCUUUGCUGGACAGCAUUGAUAUCGCUGAAACCAACUGUCCCACAGGGACACGAGUGUCUGUGGUUUCUUACAAUUCUGACACCAAGUACCUCAUUCGUUUUUCUGACCAUCGUCAUAAGAAGGACUUGGUGGAAGCUGUGAAAAACAUCCCUCUGGAACGUACAUCCAACAGACGCAACAUUGGUGCAGCCAUGCGCUUUGUGGGUAGAAAUGUCUUCAAACGUAUUCGUCAGGGUGUUCUGAUCAGGAAGGUGGCAAUUUUCCUCUCUGGCGGACUGUCCGAGGAUGUGACAUCUAUAACCACGGCUGUUCUAGAAUAUAAAGCUCUGGAUAUAAACCUUGGUGUUAUUGGUUUUAAGAACACUCGUAAUGUUCAGCGUGCUUUUGAGGUGGAUGAGAGCAAAAGCUUUAUUAAUGUGCUCGAGAGCUCAGAGACCCGGAAUGCAGCACUUAAGAAGAUCCAGCAAUGUGUCCUCUGCUUUGAUCCUUGCGAUCCAGCUACAAAUUGUCCCGGCACCAGUGAGGUGUCCUCUCCAGAGCAGGUAGAUGUGGACCUGGCGUUGCUGGUGGAUGGUUCCCAGAGCAUCCAGGCAGAUCAGUAUGAGGGAGUGAAGCAGGUGUUGGGCACUGUGUUGGACCAGCUUGUCGUGAGUGAUCAGCCCAGCAAAGCUGACAGACAGGCGCGAGUGGCGCUUUACCAGCAGAGCUCCGCGUACAGUGAGGCCCAGGCUCCAGUCAAGCAGAUCUUUACUUUCCAGCAGUUCCAAGGCCGCAACCUGAUGAAGCAGAACAUAUUCAAAAAUCUACAGCAGACUGGCGGCUACUCCAGGCUGGGUCACGCCAUGGAAUUCGUAAUCAUGCAGGGCCUUCUCACUGUUUCCAAGCCUCGAAAGAACAAGAUGGUGCUGCUUAUAGUUGGAGGAGAGACAGAAUAUUCUGAUAGAGAAAAACUGAACUUCAUCUCCAUGAAAGCAAAGUGUCAGGGUGUGGUGCUUUUCACUCUUACAGUCGGGGAUCAUUUCAAGAGCACUCAGGUGGAGCAGCUUGCCAGCUUUCCCACAGAGCAGCACGUAGUUCACUUGGGCCAUGUAAAGCAAGGAGAGCAGGAGUACUCUCGACGUUUUAUAAGGACUUUCCUACAUGUUCUAAGACGAGGAAUGAAUACCUACCCUGAUCCACUGCUCAAACAACAGUGUAAGACUCUUCAGCAACAGCAAGGUCAGGGUCAUGUCACUGAUUUCUUUGUGGCUGCUCAGAGACCACCCAUUCACAGAUUUCCUCUCACAACAAUCAGUUACUCUGAGGAUACAGAGAAAGAAGACGUGGAAGAGAAGGAAAAAGGCAGAGUAUGCUCAACAGACAAGAACACAGAGAGACUGAGUAUGGGCACCUGCUGACCACAGGACCUGGAGAGCCAAGUAAAGUGAAUUCUGUUUCACUGUGGAAUUCAGUAUGUCCAAAAAAUAUCUAUUAUUAUAUCUAUAAUUAUAAUAGUAAUGCAAGUGUACAUCAAGUGUUUGAGAUUAUGUCUAAGAACACUACAAACCUAGGCUUACAAUCUGUAACAAUUAACAACACACAUUUAACACUGAUGUCAUUAUACCAAAAGAUGAUGCAAUGACACUUGUGUAUGAUGCAUAAUGAGUAAUGCAAAUGUAAGCAUGUGUAGUAUGAUUUACUGUGUCCUGCAUACACCAUGCAUGUUUGUGUACUGUUUUGCUUCUAGCCAAGUGUUUACUGCAUAUGGACAGUGGUACUGUGAGUGGAGAAUAUGUCCAAAGGUGGUACUAUGAUGGUGCAUUUGGUGCAUGCUUAACCUUCUGGUAUGGCGGGUGUGAUGGCGGCAACAACAACCAAUUUAGUAUAGAAAUUGAAUGUCAAAAGACGUGCAUCAUGAACACUAAGUCAUCUGUGUCCAUAAACACUGCAGUAUUAAUGUUAUAAUCUAUCGUUAAAGCUUUCUUGCUUAACCAGCCUCUCUCUCUCUCACUCACACACACACACACACACCAACCAAAGAUGUGUGCUCCCUGAAAAAAGAUGAUGGGCCCUACAGAAAUUAUGUACUCGAAUGGUUCUAUGAUCAAAAACAGAAUCAGUGCUCUCCAUUCUAGUAUGGAGGAUGUGAUAGGAACCUUAACAGAUCUGACAGUCAGAAGGACUGUGAAGCCCGCUGUGUGGAGCUUCCUAGUGUACAGUGACUUUUUCAAAUACUGAUAAUACUAACCGCAAGUUACUCUCUCAAUUUUUCACAGUGAAAUAGUGCCACAGUAGUAUAUGAACAAUACUUUUAUUGUCAUUUUGGCCAAAUAACUGACAUACAUUAAAUCGCAGGUAAUAGCAUUUAAAUAUUCCAUAUUCACCUUAUGGUGGCAUUUUCAUAUUUUCUGCAAAACAAAUGUUGUACUCCUGACACUGUCCUUGUGUAGCUUUAUAAAUGAAAUGUGACUCACUAGAAUCAAUUUUCAGUUCAUCCUGAAAGAAAAUUACAUUGAAGGUAUAUUUUAAUAACUAUAUGAAUUAUAUGGUACCUUAUUAACUUUU